CUCUCAAAGGACUUUAUCAUUUUCUUUCUUUCUACUCAUAAACACACCAUCCCAAUUUAAAAUCUCGAUGGGCCAAUCCAUCAUUGGUGAUUUUCUGUUCAACCCUUCAACUACAAUCGAUUUCCUUGGUCAUCAGCAAGAACGGUUAUCCGGUUCUUAUCGUAAGAUACUUGUUUCAUCUGAUCAAAUCAUAGAAUCAAUACUGGUUCAUGUCUUUCCUCGAAUACGAGUUAUCAAGCUCGAUGACUACUUUUAAUCCUGAUCUCUUACAUUUACAUGGUUCCUCUGAGCCUUAUGCAGAUCAAGAUUAUCUUUUGAACAUCAAUACAGAUUCUGGAAUGUUAGACCUUCAAUUCGUUUCACUCUUCAGCACGAUUUGGAAUCUCUUCAAGACUAACAACAAGUCCAACUCUCACUCUCACUCUCACUCUCACCCUGUCUUAAGUAGUACUAUCACUACUACAACUUCCGAUCUGCUUUCCCCCGCAACUAGCCUUCAGCGUGAGACAGAUCUCCGGGGCUUGACUUCUACUUUCAUAUCUCAUCGAGAAUCUUUAUCUGAUCGAGAGUUGUCAGACUUACAACAAUACACCGGCCUAUCUACUUUGAACCCACCGCAUGAAUCGGUACUUAAACCGGUAGCAACUCCGAGUCUCAUCACGUCAUUUGAAGAUAGUCACAGGUUGUCCACACCAGUUGGAAGUCCGUCCAUAAGUUUGCCCAGGAUAGAUUUAACAACUGUUACAUCUAAUGAUACGCUUGUGCAUACCUUUCCUGCCAGCUUACGAGCUACAUCCGGUGGAAGCCAUCAUUUCGGACAUAACCCAUAUUCUGAUACCCACCCAGCGGGUAGUAUCUCAGGCAAUCAGUUGAACUCACUUUCUAAAAGUACUUGUGCUAUUUGUAUGGAUUCUAUUAAUGAUCCAUCCGAUUUAAUCAAACUAUCAUGUAACCAUUUGUUUCAUGCCGAAGGUUGUAUAAUUCCAUGGAUUGAACGUAAUCCAAGUUGUCCAGUAUGUCGUUAUAGACUUAUGACAGUUGAUCCUUUGUUUCGUAAUAACAAUUUAACUUUACCUGAUCAUUUACAUCAUGCCUAUCUUGAAGGGAUCUUUAAAAGUCAUCAUUCUCAAGUAUCUUCUAAUCAUUCAACUUAUCCUAGACACAAUCACCCGAAUCAUCAAGCUGUUGUGACAGCCACUAUUUGGGAUUCUUAUUCUCGUUUUAUGAUGUAAGAAAACACAAAAUUCUUUAAAAGUAGGAUUCGAAAAUUAAAUUAUUGUUGUAGGAUCUUUAAGGGUUUGGUUUGUAUUUUUAGUAUCACUUUUUAAGAUCGGUUAUCAAUUCAUUUUCAUUUUCAUCUUCAUCUUCAUUUUUUUUCUUCAAUUCUUUAUUUUAUAUUAUAAGCAGUUGACAUUAUCGUUUCGUUUUAUGAUAUCUUUCUAUCUCUUUACCAUGUACCAAUAUCGCACAUUUAAAAAAACAAAUCUCUCAAAACUAAUAUCUACAAAUGUAUUUUCAAAUCUUGAGCUAUCUACCUCAUCAAUUUUGUUAACUUCUUUUUUCCUUUUUCUCUGUAAAAGCAAAGUCAUUGAUCAAUUCGGAUGAAGUUUUCAUCCUUUUAGUUUU